UAGGCAUUUCCCUUCCACUCGAUUUUUCUAAAUCGUUCCACGUUAAACCAAAACCACAACAAGAAAAACACACGUACUUGGACCGCAUCGCUCUCUCGAUUUUCGGAGAGCUUUCUGUCCAUUUUAUUUCACACAUUUCAUUUCUACACCGGCGACUUGCCUUUUGUGCAAAGGUCGUACAUCCAUUCUAGACAUCACCCCACCAGGAUCGCCGCCAUAAAUCUUCUUGAAUUCUAAGCUGUGCUUGGAAUUUGAGAAGUCGCAUCGAUCACUUAAUCGCAAUCAUGGCUACCGACAAGGGGCUCGAGGAUAUCGAGCAAUCCCAAAUUGAGUCUAACUACGAUGAGACCGUCGACUCCUUUGACGAGAUGAACCUGCGAGCAGAGUUGCUACGAGGUGUUUAUGCUUACGGUUUCGAACGUCCCUCUGCUAUCCAGCAGCGGGCUAUCAUGCCAGUCAUCAAGGGUCACGACGUAAUUGCGCAGGCCCAGUCAGGUACUGGCAAGACCGCUACCUUCUCUAUUUCCGUCCUCCAGAAAAUCGACCCCAGUGUUAAGCAGUGCCAGGCACUCAUUCUCGCCCCUACUCGUGAGCUGGCUCAACAGAUCCAGAAGGUUGUCGUCGCCAUCGGCGAUUUCAUGAGCAUUGAAUGCCAUGCAUGCAUUGGUGGAACCAGCGUCCGUGACGACAUGAAGGCCCUCCAGGAGGGACCUCAAGUUGUUGUUGGCACGCCUGGUCGUGUCCACGAUAUGAUUCAACGUCGAUUCUUGAAGACUGACGGAAUGAAGAUGUUUGUUCUUGACGAGGCCGAUGAGAUGCUUUCUCGUGGUUUCACUGAGCAAAUUUACGACAUCUUCCAGCUACUUCCCCAGUCGACUCAGGUAGUUCUGCUGUCCGCCACUAUGCCUCAGGAUGUUCUUGAGGUCACGACUAAGUUCAUGCGCGACCCUGUCCGCAUUCUUGUCAAGAAGGACGAGCUUACCCUUGAGGGUAUCAAGCAAUUCUACAUUGCUGUCGAGAAAGAAGAGUGGAAGCUGGACACUCUUUCCGACCUCUACGAGACUGUUACUAUCACCCAAGCGGUUAUCUUCUGUAACACUCGCCGAAAGGUCGACUGGCUUACGGACAAGCUCACUGCCCGUGAUUUCACUGUUUCAGCUAUGCACGGCGACAUGGAUCAGGCUCAGCGAGACCUAAUUAUGAAGGAAUUCCGUUCCGGAUCUUCCCGUGUCCUUAUCGCCACUGACCUUUUGGCCCGUGGUAUUGAUGUCCAGCAGGUUUCCCUGGUCAUCAACUACGAUCUCCCGGCCAACCGUGAGAACUACAUCCACCGUAUCGGUCGUGGUGGUCGAUUCGGCCGAAAGGGUGUUGCCAUCAACUUCGUUACCGCCGAAGACGUACGCAUGAUGCGUGAGAUUGAGCAGUUCUACAGCACCCAGAUCGAGGAGAUGCCUAUGAACGUUGCUGACCUUAUCUAAACUGUGGACUGUCUUCAUUCUUGGCGAGGAACUUGUCGUACGUUGGGGGUGGAGUUGUCCCUUACGAGACGUAUGGCUAAAAUGAUUCGAGGAAUAAAUAGACGAGAUGACGAUGUUCUCGUCCAGCAUGCUUUCUGUUGGCGCGUCUCGGUGACGAGCCAUGGUCGGUAAAGGAAGGGGGAAAAGACGCAUCAGGGCAUUUGCGGCUAGGUCUCUAGCACCUAAUACUCGCUGGUAAUGCAUAUGGCCCGAAGCUGGGGGUCGUAGACACUAGGUCAUUGCUUUUUCGAUGUUUUUCUGUACCUAGGCCGCCAGAUUCUUUCCUAAAUAAACGUUCUGAAAUCUGUUCUUCUCUGCCUACA